UUUAUAAUAAUUCUGUCCAAAGAAAAAAAAAAAAAAAACCAAAAGAAAAGGAAAAAAAAAAAACAAUAACAAAUGUCCCUCCUUCUCAACGUGUUGAAUUAGUCUCCUAACCCUUUGAAUUCAUCGUCAAAUUUGAAUCAAAUUUCGUCAACGUUCCGUCUAAAUCCCGAUGGGGAAAUGGAAUUCCAAUUCCCCAAACUCAUAGGAAUUUUUUUUUCUUUCUGAUUUCCAUGGUUUGAUUCGUCUGUAAGGUCAUACAAAGACCAGGAGGAGCAGCAGCAGCAAUGGCGUGGAACGCGUUCAAGCUCUGUACGGCUCUGCGUGCACUCGGCUACAUCAUGGUCCUCGUGGUUCUCGCCAUAGUCGGGCUCACCUACUACGCCGUCGUUUUGGCCAAUUAUUUGCCUGCUAUCCUUGGCGGAGGCCUCAGUGCCGUCAUUGCCUUCCCUCUCUUGAUCUUGUUCCAUAUUCUGUUGGUGAUGCUGUUGUGGAGCUACUUUAAUGUUGUUCUAACGGAUCCUGGGGUUGUUCCACCGAAUUGGAGGCCUGCAAACGAUGAGGAGGGAGGUGACAGAGCCCCAUUGGUGGGAUCGGACCAAUCUACCCUGGUCAGUGACCCAGCAAAUCAAAAAGUACGGUUCUGUCGGAAGUGCAACCACUUUAAACCACCUCGAUGUCAUCAUUGUUCUGUUUGUGGGAGGUGCAUAUUGAAAAUGGACCAUCAUUGUGUGUGGGUGGUCAACUGUGUUGGGGCAUUGAAUUACAAGUACUUCCUUCUCUUCUUGUUUUACACAUUUCUUGAGACAACUCUUGUCACUUUAUCAUUAUUCAAGUAUUUUAUGGCAUUUUUUACUGAAGAAGAGGUAAUUGGAACACUGGGCACUGUUGCAGCCAGUUUUAUCACAUUUGUUUUGAACUUCGCAUUUGCUUUGAGCGUUUUUGGCUUCAUGAUCAUGCACCUAUCACUGGUAGCGUCCAAUACCACCACUAUUGAGGCAUAUGAGAAGAAAGCCACUCCUAAAUGGCAGUAUGACCUUGGUCGGAAGAAAAACUUUGAACAGGUGUUUGGGACGGAUAAGUGGUACUGGUUCAUCCCUGCAUAUUCAGAGGAGGAUUUAAGACGGAUACCAGCUCUUCAGGGUAUUGAUUAUCCAACAAGGCCUGAGUUGAAUGCACUCCAGCCGUUAUAAGUAUUCAUGGCGGCAAAGGACAAGUUUGCAGUUCAAGUUUUGCAGCUCAUCAAUUCUGCAUUAACCAUGCACAGGCAUGAACUCAGGUCAGGCUUUUGCUUGGGAGACAUCAUAGCUGGAGUUUUGAAGGAUCGACUCAAUUGGCGAAUUUUCCUUGUAUGAGAAUGCAGAAUGUCAUUUAUAGGUGAAGUCUAACGUUGUCAACGUCAAUAGUUCAUUUAUACUUGCUAUAGAAGCUGGGGUUUGCAAAGGUGCAUGGAUUCGUCGGUCGUUAUACGUUUUGUAUAGAGAUGCAAUGUGUUCAUAUCAGAAGGAAUGUAAGCAUUUUAUCAUACAACUUGUUUUGUGACUUAUGUCUUCGUUUCCAAGUUUUGUUUGCCUUUGCAGGCUAGUUGAUCCUAUAAAAUUUUGAAGUACCCCUGAUUUGGGAAGGUCGUACAGAAAAAGCUCUCGUUUUACAUGUGGUCAUUGUUUUGUUAAACUUCUGUUUCCUUAA